AUGGAGUGUGAGGCAACAGUAAAGCAAGGUCGAAUAAGGGGGAAAAUAUGUACUACUCCUUGUGGAAAAAAAUAUUAUAGCUUUGAAGGCAUACCUUACGCAAAACCUCCAGUGGGCCCUCUUAGAUUUACGGAUCCACAAAGUAAUAACAAUUGGACUGGUACUCUGGAUGCAACAAAACCUGGUAACAAAUGUGUUCAGAUGGACUUAGUCAAAGGCACAGUGGAGGGUUCUGAAGAUUGCUUAUAUCUGAAUAUUUAUACCCCAAGUCUACCCUCUGAAAAGCUUCAAAAACUGCCUGUGCUAUUUUUUAUACACGGUGGUAGAUUGCUCAUGGGCUGUUCUGACUACUAUCGGCCGGAUUACUUAAUACCGCAUGACGUUAUCGUUGUGACUAUAAACUACCGCCUAAAUAUUUUUGGAUACUUAUGUCUUAAUACUCCUGAGGCACCCGGCAACGCUGGACUGAAAGAUGUUGCCAUUUCGUUAAAGUGGGUGCACGAGAAUAUAGCGAAUUUUAAUGGUGACACUGGCAAUAUUAUCGCGUUCGGCGAGAGUGCUGGUGGAGCGAUAGCACUAUCCUUAAUAACCUCGACUCUCACUAGAGGUAUGGUUAGUAAAGUCAUUGCCCAAUCGGGAACAGCAUUGUCUGAUUUGUACAUGAUAGACGAUGAUCCAAUCGAAAAAGCUAAAGAAAUAGCGUCAAACUUGGGUCACAAACUGACAGAAUGCAAGGAUUUACAUGACUUGUUGUCGAAGGCAUCUGCUGAGGAAUUACUCGGUGCCUACAUGAUGUCUGAACUCGGGAGAGAGCUGACCGUUAUCAACGCGUUCAUGCUUCCAGUGGUUGAGAGGAAGUUCGAGAGGGUAGAACGAUUUUUCGACGAGUACCCACUAGAGUCCUUCAGGAACAAUCGAUACGAUAAAGUGCCGAUAAUUAUGUCGAUGGGCACACACGAGGCGGCGUUGUUCUUGCACAGAGACGGAGCGGGAAAUAUUGUUUUCAAUACGAAUCUGAGAAAGUACAUACCGAGAUUUUCGUUUCUGGACGAAGAAUCUAGUAGAGCGUAUGACAUUGAGCGGCGUUUAAGAGAAGUGUACUUCCAGAAAAAAGAAAUUGGCCCUUCGACGUUGACGGAGUAUAUCUGUUUGAUGUCGGACGCUUAUUUCAAUAGAGAUCUCAUAUACACAGCGGAGCUGCUGGGAAACCGUCAAAAUGUAUAUCUAUGUAGAUUUGACUACCCUGGUAAUAUGAACACGAGGGUGAUGAAGAAAUUGGGCAUCAAGGGUACGACGCACGGCGACUUAAUCCAGUAUGUGUUCUAUAAGGAGAAGAAGGCAGCGAUGUGCAAAGAGAAAGAUAGAGAAAUUGUCAGUAUGUUGAGUGAGGCAUGGUGUAACUUUGCCAAAACGGGAAAGCCAACAUGGACGAAUCAAGGUGUAGAAUGGUCGCCAUAUCGUACAAAAGACAAACUCUGCCUAAAUAUUGGCGAAAGUAAUGUGGACUGUCGUACUUUACCUGAAUUCGGUAGAAACAAAGUUUGGUUGGAUAUAGCGUGCCAAAGAUCUAAAUUGUAA